AUGAUUCCUCGUAAUAUUAUGGACGAAGCGUCCAAAAACAAAACUGACCUUCCUCAACCAAAAGCUAAUAAUAAACUACAAGGACAGCAAGUGGCUGCGCUUUUGAGGGAUAAACAUGAUUACGAUUAUGAUAUUUUUGGAAGCACACGGCAAGAUAUUAGUCGUUCUAAUAGUGCUCCGCCAACUCAAGUGGUAGAUCAGCUUGGUCGGUUUGAUCCUUCAGAACUAGAUAAUCCAUCACCUUCCGAUCCACGCUUAGAUCCUGACUAUCCGGCAUUUUAUUACAUGAAUUCUC